ACAACCACAUGACAGUCGACGACGUGCUGCAGAAUUCUAAGUAUAUGAAGACGUGAUUUCCAAAGUUUCGACUGUUGUGCUUGAAAAUUGGGGAAUUUCUGUUUUUUACGUUUGUCAUGGAUGAAAAACAAAGAGUGAUAUCUGCACUGCGUGUACUGUUAGUUCGCAGCAGUAGAAAAGACGCAAUAGCAUUGCAUGAACUCAAACACGAUUACUGUGUACUGGAAUGCACAAAGGAAAUACCUUGUUUCGAGCACAAAGAUGUGACUGACUUUCUGAUUUCGAGCGGUGCCUUUAAUGUGAAAGUAGACACCACUGGCUUAGUCACCGUUCGCGGAAAACCCAAGUCAUUAGGGUCGCAUCUUCAGAAGCUGGCGGCAGACCAGAAAUUGUGCUCAUCGGUAAACGCUGUUAAAGCAUUAAUUUGUCAAGACAAGAAGCAGGAACAUUCAUCAGUUGACGAAAUGGAGAUGACACAACGUAAUGACUCAGCGAAAACCACACCUUGUUUGGCUGCAGAAAUGAACAUUGAAGUGAACCCAAGAGUCAAAUUGCCGGAUGACACAUCAGAACCAUCCACAGUGUUUACGUUCAGUGAAUUAAGUGAACAGCUGAAUGGCUUCGUCAACACACAGAACGAAUCUGAUCAAGAACAAUCUGCAACGAGUGCAAUCAAAACGUCCGAGGAAACUGUGGCGAGUAGUUAUCAUAAGAUACGUACGACAGAUGCCGGUGAACAUAUGGAUGGAUCGUCACAGGACAAAUACCCCGAAUAUAACGAUGUUACUCCAGUCGAAUGUGCCAAUCUUGUUGUUUCCGCUGUUAAACCAGUGCCGGAAUCUUACCUGGAAAUGUUGCAAUUUAUGACCCAUCAAAUGCCGAACCGAAUUUUAGAGAUCGAACGCAAUGACAACAUCUCAUCGCAAUCCAUCGAAUGGAUAAAGUCGUGGCUCGUACAAAAGGAACAUUUUAGAGUUUCCGAAAGCAUUUACAUCGAAGCAUUCAGAAUGAUGAUAUUCUUCGAAGCGGCAGUUGAAGCAAUCGAAGUGGAGGCACACAAUUUUCCGGCAGUCGAGUUAGUUCCUAUCGAUAACCACGAAUUCUAUUUCAAUAUUUCGGCCAAUUGCGAUAAGCUCGCUAAAAUAUUGGCUGCAAUCGACGACAAUCAGUUGGCCCGUUUCAUGUUGCUGCCAUCAAGUACACUUCUUCCAUUUUUGCAAGGAAGAAUAAUGAGACGGGCGGCGAAUAAGAUUUUCGUGAGAAUAUUCUUUCCGCAGGAUUGGCGCUGUGGUGUGAAAUACGCAAUCCACUUCGAGGUCAAUCAAUUAAAUUACCAGAUCCAGCACAGUGCAUUGGAUUUCAUCGAAAUGCACCGACUAUUUCCCAUUUUAAUCAACAAUCCGUUGUAUCGUCGUCAGAGUUCGGAUGCGUCAGUUAACCAGGGUACUGAUCGAUUCACACGAACUGACUUGAAUCCUGAGCAGAGACAAGCAAUCGAAUUCAUAAUUGGCGGAAGUUACAAUCCACUUCCUUAUUUGCUGUACGGACCGCCCGGGACCGGCAAAACAAAGACCAUUGUGGCUGCAAUCGAGACCAUCGUCCGGACGACGUCAAAGAAUAUUUUAGUUUGUGCCCAUUCAAAUGCGGCAUGCAAUGAAAUUACGGAACGUUUAGCCAAAGUGUUGUCCGACACCGAAAUGCUGCGCAUGCUUUCGGUGAGCCAUGAUAAGGCUGACAUCAGCUCAACGAUUAAGCCAUUCUGCAAUUUGUUCGACGGCAGACUGAACUAUCCGGAACUGAGUUACUUGUACAAAUUUCGCGUACUAAUUUGUACCCUCUCCGUGUCGGGAUGUUUGGUCAGAGCUUACAAGUCGGAUCCGAAACACUUCAGCUACGUUUUCAUCGAUGAAUGUGCAAACGCAUGUGAAACAAUGACUCUGGUUCCUAUCGCUGGCUUGUGCACAUCCAAGAAUAAGGUUCAUGCGAAUAUUGUCCUGAUUGGAGACCCUAAGCAGCUGGACGCGGUUACCAGAUCGGAUUGGUCGACUCAGUUGGGAUUUAAAACGUCUUGGUUUGAGCGAUUGUUCGACAUGGCUCUGUACCAGCGACAUCCGGAAAGUGGACAAUUUAAUGCGAAUUAUAUCACCCAACUGACGCGGAAUUAUCGGUCGCAUGCGGCAAUAUUGAGAAUUCCAAAUGAAAUUUUCUACGACAACUCAUUGGAAGCUGUUACUGAGCCGGGUCUCAUCAAUCUGGACGUGCAUGGUCUGCAAUCGAAAAAUUUUCCGAUAAUUUUCCAAUCGGUUCAUGGAUUUUGUAACAAACCCGGCGACAGUACAAGCUUGUUUAACUCAGCCGAAGUGAAUCAUGUGAUGGAUUUCGUUGAGUUGCUGAUGCAACCUGAAAAGCACAACUUAAACCAAUGCGAUAUCGGAAUUGUGUCGCCAUACCGGCUUCAGUGCAACAUGAUUCGAAAGCGGUGUCACCAAAAUGGCUACAGACACAUUACAAUCGGAUCGACAGAACAGUUUCAAGGCCAAGAGCGAAAGGUUAUGAUCAUGUCAACUGUACGGAGUGGCAGCGGUAAUUUGGGAGAUUUUGUGAAGAAUCCUCAGAGAUUCAACGUGAUGAUUACGAGAGCGAAAAGCCUCUUGAUUGUUGUAGGAAAUCCGCACUUACUUUCGCAAGAUAAAAAUUGGUCGAAAUUCAUCCAUUUCUGCCUUCGGAACGGCGCUUUGAUUCAGGACAGCAAUAACGUUUUUCUACCAGAAAAAGAUAACGAUGCCGCUGAAUCUUCUGACAACCAUUGAUAUGUGACCUGCACAUAAAUUUUUGUAUUUUUGAUUAUUAUUCGACGACUGAACUAAAGUUAUUACCAAAAAAUUAUUUUGUAUUGAAAGUUCUUCCGUUCGUGCCAUAGCAUGAUAUUGCAAAUAAAUA